AUGCGGAAUCCUACAGACAUAUCAGAAAUAAAUACCCAAACCAGAGAUUCAGAAACCACACCUCAGUUUGAAAUUUAUGAAUAUACUAAACCAUCUCAAAUUUUAACAACUUCUGUAAAGGAACGGUUUGGAUCAAAUAUCCCUACAACUCAAUUCAAUAGACAAUCAAAUAGAAAUCCUACCACCUCGUUUACGGGAAGCUACACUGAAACUAUGGAUAGUUUUCAGGCACAAGAUAAACUUACCACUCGAUUCGACAAAAUAGAAUUUGAAAGACAAACUGAAAUGCCUGAAUUUUCUCAAACUUCAUCUACAUUCAAUGAUAUGCCGACUAUUUAUCAGUAUACAAAACCUGUACAAUUCAUAUCAACCUCUCAACAGAACAACUAUAAUACUAUGACACAAUCACAGACUGAAGAAACAACAGAAAAUUCUUUGUCUACACAAAUUGGUGAAAAAUAUUUUAAUAGUAACAAUUUUGGCAUGAAAGUAUUACAAAACAAGUUUAAUUCAAAACCAGUCACAAGUUCUCAGUUUUCACAAGGAAUUCAACAAACUGUCACGCCGUCAUUUUACAAGAUAACAAUGCCUAGCAUUUCACAACAAACCUCUCAGGAUAACAUUAAUUUACAGAAUCAAGAAAAUACUGGUGAAAUAUAUGAUUAUAAAAAGCCAAAUGUAACGUUAAUGUCUGCAGGACAAAAGGAAAUUAACAUUAUUCUGAAACCAAAUGCUGCGUUUAGUUCGGGUUCACUGGCACAGGCUAAACCUGGAUCAAGCUCACAGUCGGGUGAGAUUUAUGAUUAUUCCAAGCCAGCUCAAAUUUUAACUACCCCCUCUCAAAACAAUGCUUUGAAUCAAAUACAAAACCACCAGUUUGGACAGAGAUUGGACAAACUUAACUCUCAGAAAACCACGUUUAAUCCAAAUCAAGAUGAUGAAAAGCUAACCACACAAACGGAGGACUUCAAGAUCACAUCAAUGGUAACUCAACCAGAUUAUCAGGAAAAUAAGGAUUCUCAAACCGACAUUACAGCAGUUACCUCUCAGGAUUCUUCCACUACUGGAACUAAUUCGAAACUCACCACUCGUCCGCAAUUAUCGUUUUAUAGUGCAUGUUGCAGAGGACUUUUAAAUCGGAAACAGCAAUCAUCAGCAGUCCAAAGCACUGAUGAUAGUGGAAUUGCAUCUGAAAAGAAAAUUGUUAGUAAUCAAAAUUAUGAAUCUCAAAAAUCAACUACUCAAGUUUUCCAACAACGAGAAAACUUCGGAGGACCUAGGAAACCACCUAGCUUCGACGAAAAAGGAUAUCACUACUAG